AUGAUUAAUGAUAUUAAUGAUAUUAAUGAUAUUAAUGAUAUUAAUGAUAUUAAUGAUAUUAAUGAUAUUAAUGAUAUUAAUGAUAUUAAUGAUAUUAAUGAUAUUAAUGAUAUUAAUGAUAUUAAUGAUAUUAAUGAUAUUAAUGAUAUUAAUGAUAUUAAUGAUAUUAAUGAUAUUAAUGAUAUUAAUGAUAUUAAUGAUAUUAAUGAUAUUAAUGAUAUUAAUGAUAUUAAUGAUAUUAAUGAUAUUAAUGAUAUUAAUGAUAUUAAUGAUAUUAAUGAUAUUAAUGAUAUUAAUGAUAUUAAUGAUAUUAAUGAUAUUAAUGAUAUUAAUGAUAUUAAUGAUAUUAAUGAUAUUAAUGAUAUUAAUGAUAUUAAUGAUAUUAAUGAUAUUAAUGAUAUUAAUGAUAUUAAUGAUAUUAAUGAUAUUAAUGAUAUUAAUGAUAUUAAUGAUAUUAAUGAUAUUAAUGAUAUUAAUGAUAUUAAUGAUAUUAAUGAUAUUAAUGAUAUUAAUGAUAUUAAUGAUAUUAAUGAUAUUAAUGAUAUUAAUGAUAUUAAUGAUAUUAAUGAUAUUAAUGAUAUUAAUGAUAUUAAUGAUAUUAAUGAUAUUAAUGAUAUUAAUGAUAUUAAUGAUAUUAAUGAUAUUAAUGAUAUUAAUGAUAUUAAUGAUAUUAAUGAUAUUAAUGAUAUUAAUGAUAUUAAUGAUAUUAAUGAUAUUAAUGAUAUUAAUGAUAUUAAUGAUAUUAAUGAUAUUAAUGAUAUUAAUGAUAUUAAUGAUAUUAAUGAUAUUAACGAUAUUAACGAUAUUAACGAUAUUAACGAUAUUAACGAUAUUAACGAUAUUAACGAUAUUAACGAUAUUAACGAUAUUAACGAUAUUAACGAUAUUAACGAUAUUAACGAUAUUAAUGAUAUUAAUGAUAUUAAUGAUAUUAAUGAUAUUAAUGAUAUUAAUGAUAUUAAUGAUAUUAAUGAUAUUAAUGAUAUUAAUGAUAUUAAUGAUAUUAAUGAUAUUAAUGAUAUUAAUGAUAUUAAUGAUAUUAAUGAUAUUAAUGAUAUUAAUGAUAUUAAUGAUAUUAAUGAUAUUAAUGAUAUUAAUGAUAUUAAUGAUAUUAAUGAUAUUAAUGAUAUUAAUGAUAUUAAUGAUAUUAAUGAUAUUAAUGAUAUUAAUGAUAUUAAUGAUAUUAAUGAUAUUAAUGAUAUUAAUGAUAUUAAUGAUAUUAAUGAUAUUAAUGAUAUUAAUGAUAUUAAUGAUAUUAAUGAUAUUAAUGAUAUUAAUGAUAUUAAUGAUAUUAAUGAUAUUAAUGAUAUUAAUGAUAUUAAUGAUAUUAAUGAUAUUAAUGAUAUUAAUGAUAUUAAUGAUAUUAAUGAUAUUAAUGAUAUUAAUGAUAUUAAUGAUAUUAAUGAUAUUAAUGAUAUUAAUGAUAUUAAUGAUAUUAAUGAUAUUAAUGAUAUUAAUGAUAUUAAUGAUAUUAAUGAUAUUAAUGAUAUUAAUGAUAUUAAUGAUAUUAAUGAUAUUAAUGAUAAUAAUGAUAUUAAUGAUAUUAUUGAUAUUAAUUAUAUUAAUUAUAUUAAUGAUAUUAACGAUAUUAAAAAUAUUAAUGAUAGUUAUGAUGAUAAAAUACUUUUUUAA